AGCUCAGUCCCUUGUUCUUUUUUUCGAAUGAAAGCAGCAGAAUUGUACUAUUAACUAGACUCCUUAUUUUAAAACAGUUGAAGUUUCAGUCUGUAGUAUGUUUCUAAUUGUGUUAACAGUGUUUUUUGUUGUUGUUAAGUUUCAGUCACUUUUCUGAUUUCAGUUGCUUUUAUUAAGUUUCAGUCACUUUUCUGAACUUCUGUUAAUUUUCAAUCACUUUACUAAUUUUGCAUUUGUUGCAACUGGCCCUCGUUGUAAUUGCACUUCACCUAUUAUUUAUAUUUAUUUUUAAUUGUUUAUUUUCUUUUUGCUGCAGUUGCACUUCAGUUUGGUGCAAAAAGAACAGUGUCGUUCUCAUCAUUAAACCACACGCACAUUGGUAUCUCAAUUUAUAGUAACCAACGAAUUGCUCUUCAGGUGCAAAGAUCUCUUCUGACCAGGUCUGCCGGGUAACCGGAGGAGAGUGACGACAAGAUUUGGACGGCGAACCAAGUGUCUGGCGCUCAUGUCCCCAGCGUUCUUCUUCCUCCAGCAUUUCCAUUACCACCACACAAAUCCUGCCGUGCAUGCUAUGCAAGAGGCGUUUCAUCAACACCACUGGGAAAAACUUUUGAAUCUGCGUAUACUAGUUUGGAUGCUGGGCAUGACUCCAUAGUGCUUACUUAUGGCCAAGACCGCUCAGCACCCACUCUCUACAUUUCAAGCCUCUGCACGCAGCAACAACAACAAGCCCUCUGCACGCUCUCACCACCUUCAGUUCACCAUGCCUCCAUUCCUUGUUGUUUUCACCAUCCUCUUGUGCCUACGCACCCCGGCGGGUUCUGCUGCAACUGACACCAUCUUGGCCGGCCAAGCGCUUUCUGUCAACGACAAGCUCGUCUCCAGCAAUGGCAGGUACGCGCUCGGCUUCUUCCAAACAAGACUCACUGCCAACUGGUACCUUGGAAUAUGGUUCAAUACGGUCCCCAAAUUCACUUCAGCAUGGGUUGCAAAUAGGGAUAGACCCAUCAAGAACACCACCUCACUGGAGCUCAGAAUCUCCCACGACGGCAACCUUGUAAUCUUAAACCAGUCUGCCAAAUCCAUAAUCUGGUCUACACAAGCAAACAUCACAGGAAAUAGCUCUACUGCUAGGCUGUUGAGCAGUGGAAAUCUCAUCCUGACAGACUCUUCAAACUCACCAAAUGUUCUGUGGCAGAGCUUUGAUCACCCCACAGAUACAUUUUUUCCUGGGGCGAAACUCGGAUGGGACAAGGUCACCGGCUUGAAUCGCCGUUUUAUCUCUUGGAAAAACUUGGUCGACCCGGCUGCUGGUUCGUACUGUGAGCAGUUAGACCCCAGUGGUGUUGACCAGUUACUGCUUGUAGCACUGAACUCAUCCAUACCAUAUUGGUCCACUGGUAUAUGGAACGGCAAAUACUUCGCCGCGCUUCCAGAGAUGUCAGCCCGCCACUCUAUUAGUCCAAAACUUGUCGACAAUGACAAAGAGAAGUACUUGACGUAUAAUUUAGUAGCUGAAUAUAUGGAUCCAAAUAUGAUUACUCGUCAUGUCAUUGACGUCUCAGGUCAAGCAAAGACAUUCAUUUGGAUGAAGGGCUCAGAGGAUUGGGUAAUGAUCAAUGCCCAACCAAGAGCUCAGUGUGAUGUCCAUGCAAUUUGUGGACCUUUCACAAUUUGCACUGAUAAUAAAGUUCCACACUGCAACUGUAUGGAGGGCUUCACCAUAACAUCCCCCAAGGACUGGGAGCUAGAAAAUCGAGCGGAUGGGUGCACUAGAAAUACUCAGUUAGACUGCAUUAGCAACAAAAGCAAAACACAUACCACAGACAAGUUCUAUUCUGUACCAUGUGUUAAGUUGCCCCAGAAUGCCCCAAAAGUAGAAGGUGCUGCAAGCGCGAGUGAGUGCGCACAAAUUUGCCUGAGUAAUUGCUCUUGCACCGCAUACUCCUUCGGCGACAGCGGAUGUUCUAUGUGGCGUAAUGAAUUGCUCAACAUAAGACAACUACAAUGCAGUGACACUACCAAUUCAAAUGGAGAAACUCUUUAUCUUCGUCUUUCUGCUAAAGAUGUACAAAGUUUGAAAAACAGUAGAAGAGGGAUAGUUAGUGGAGUUAUAAUUGGUACAGGUAUUUCUGCUCUAGGCUUAUUUGCACUCGUCCUCCUACUAAUGGUUUGGAGAAACAAAAACAAGAUUUCUAGUCAAAUACGGAAUGAAUCUGAAGUUUGUGAUGGAAUCACUGCAUUCAGAUACAAUGAUCUUCAACGAGCAACAAAUAUUUUUACAGAAAAGUUGGGGGGAGGCAGUUUUGGUUCUGUGUUCAAGGGGUUUAUGAAGGGCUCCAAUGCCAUAGCAGUGAAGAGGCUUGACGGUGCUUAUCAAGGAGAGAAGCAAUUCAGAGCUGAAGUGAGCUCAAUUGGAGCUGUCCAGCACAUCAACUUAGUUAAGCUGGUUGGUUUCUGUUGUGAGGGUUCUAAGAGGUUACUUGUUUAUGAAUACAUGUCAAAUCGCUCUCUUGAUGUCCAUUUAUUUGGAAGCAACUCAAUGUUGAAUUGGACUGCUAGGUAUCAGAUAGGCCUAGGUGUUGCACGAGGGUUGGCCUACUUGCAUGACAGUUGUCGAGACCGCGUCAUACACUGUGAUAUCAAGCCAGAAAACAUACUUCUUGAUGCUUCACUCCUUCCAAAAAUUGCAGACUUUGGGAUGGCAAAGCUUUUAGGAAGGGAUUAUAGUCGAGUAUUGACAACAAUGAGAGGAACUACAGGAUACCUUGCGCCUGAAUGGCUUACCGGUGUUCCUAUUACGCCAAAAGUCGAUGUUUUUAGCUAUGGGAUGGUGUUGCUGGAAAUAAUAUCUGGAAGGAGGAACUCAUGUCCAUCAUGUCCUAGUGGUGGCAACAUUGAUGUUUACUUUCCUGUGCAUGCCGCACAUAAGCUUCUUGAAGGAGACGUCGGGAGUUUGGUAGAUCACAAGCUACAUGGUAUUGCCAAUCUGGAUGAGGUUGAAAUUGCUUGCAAGGUUGCGUGUUGGUGCCUCCAAGACAGUGAGCUUGAUCGGCCAACAAUGGGAAUGGUGGUUCAGAUUCUGGAAGGGCUAGUUGAGAUCACAAUGCCCCCGAUACCAAGACUGCUCCAAGCUAUGGUUGGAAGCUCAAAUUCAACAUGUUCCUUUUUUGUUUCAGGAAAACGAGCUGCAUUGCGCGCCUAGACAUUAUAAUAUAUGUCUAUCUUUAAGACUAAAGUUGUACUAUUUACUAUACAAUUGUAAUGCCCAUGGUUGAAGAAACAGCUGUGUUUUGUACAAACUUGUAACUAUAUAUCUUGAUGUACCCUCACUGCGUCGAAACAGGCGUCACAGAGAUUUCAGUUUUUCUCUACUUAACAUGGAAUUUCUAGUUUUUAAGAUCCAAACGGAAGCUCAUAUAUCUUAGCCUUUUGUUUAUAUGAAAAGCUGAGCGUUGUUACAACAGGUAGCAGGGUGGCAUAAUGGCAGCAAAGGUUAAGCCGUGCUGGCAAUGCUACUGCCAGAACAGAGCGCUCAUCUUGGCCAACGGUAUCCCAUAAAACUCACCAGCAUAGGCAGCAGGUUCUGAUACAGGCGUUGAUCAUAGCUCAGUGAUGGGGUACACGCGGAUGGCAGCAUUGGUGAGUAGGAGGUAGAGCCGUAGAGAGAGGAAGACGAGCAGACCAGGCUCGGGAGCCGCAGUUUCAGACAGAGUUGAUGAUUGAGCAAACGACGGCCAUCUCGAUCUCUCCGGUGCGGGCGGCUGCAAAUUAAGUGGGGUAAAUAUUAUCAGGUAGAGAUCAAUGGCGCACUGAGACGCGGAUGGAAUCGGACGAG